GUCACCGUGCCGCCGCCCCGGGAGGCCAUGGACCCGCGGACGCUGAAGCGUCAGGAGCGCAUCAUCAAAAACCGCAUGGCCGCCUGCCUGUCGCGCAAGAAGAAGAAGGAUCAGUUCUCGGAGAUGGAGGCGCGCGUGCGUCAGACGGAGGCCGAGAACGGCCGGCUGCGCGCCGAGAACCAGCAGCUGCACCGGCGGCUGGCGCAGCUGCAGGCCGAGGUGGAGAUGCUGCGCGGGCUGCAGGCGCCCGCCUCGCCACCGCCCUCGCCACGCCGCCCGCUCCUGCUGCUCUCCGUCCUGCUGCUCGCCUCUCUCAACAUGGCGCCCAUCGGGUCCAUGUUCUCGAGUCCGCUGGCGUCGGAGCUGGGUGGCCCGACAGCCGAGGCGUCGCCUGGCGGCCGCACUCUGCUCUGGGCGCCGGCCGACGAGCAGGCGGACCUCAGCUACCUCUCGGAGGCGCUGAACGCCUCCAACGGCUACAUGUGCCCCAAGCACGUCAACCAGUCGGAGGCCCGCAGGCUGUCCCGUGUACUGCACGGCUGGUUCGACCCGUCGCCGCCGUUGCCCGAGAACGGCACGGUGCAGGCUGCUGGCCGACCGGCCCCCCGCCGGGCCGGCGCUCGGCCCCGCGCCGCCCGACGCCGCCCCAAGCGGUCCUUCAGAAAGCGGCACAGUCCGCGGCCCGGUGAGCUGCAGUUAUACGACCGCUGGUUCGGCGCCUACGGCCCGUUCAUGGACGCCAUCGAGCGGCGCGCCGAUACAUUCUACGUGGUGUCCUUCGACGGCGACCAUCUCAUGCUGCCGGCGCUCAGUCACAACCAGACACAGCGGCCGCGCAUGUCGCUCCUGCUGCCCUCGCUGCCGCUCAACGAGUCGAUGCGGGCGCCCGAGCACUUCGUGGCCAUGAUGCAGAUUGACUGUGAGGUGGUCAACACCAAGCUGCUACACAUCCACGAGUCAGUCGUCCCAACUCCGCCGUCCAACAACUCGACGCCGACCGGGAGCGACGAGGCACAGCUCAACAACACCCGUGGCUCACGACGCAACUUCAACUUCUCGGCGCCACCGACAGGCGGCUUCCCCGUCGAUACGGCGCUGAGAUGGAACGGCAGCCUGUCGGCGGGCAAACGGGGCAAACGAGACAAGCACGUGCGAGGCAAGGCGCCGCCAGCGAAGGCGGAAAAUUCAACCACGCCGCCGUCCAACUCGACCGUGGACGCGUGGCGCAGGCUGCGCUUCGGGAACGACUCGGUUGAUGGCUCUGGGGGCGGGGCGACCUUUCGCACGCCGCAGCCGGUGCCGGACUCGACGGCGGAGCGGCAGCGGCUGGAGCCCCAGCAACGGCCGCGCCGCCCGGCUAGGCUCGGCGGGGCAGGGGCACCGCCGACGGACGACUAUUUCCAGUCGGAGCACUAACUGACCGCCAGUUUAACCUGGAGAGGUCAUGAUGGGCGUGGGAUCGGCGGUGCGGGUGAGGGUGCGGGUGUGAGACUGGCGUGGUGGGUGUCUGGGGUCGGUAGCUGGUUUGCUGCUAUGCAUAAGCUUGACUGGGUAGGGUGCUGGGUAUUGCAUUCCUCAGCAACGUGAUUUGAGCAGCGUGCCAACGCUUGUGGCAGCAACCUACGUGUAUGAUCUCUUUCAAGUCACAGCCUGAAUUUAAAGGGGCAUUGAGCUCGUCUGCACCUCGCGGCCUUCACACAGCCUUCUUCCGUGGGUUGGCAACUAGCUGAUGCACUCAUUCAAACCGCCCACAACAUUGGCCGGGUAAUUUACAGAGCUGUAUGUGGGCGACCCUUGUGCAGAAAUAAGAUCAGCAUGGAACAAUCCCCCCUCCCAUUAGUUGUUUGCAUGCAUUCCCACCACAAAUAUAUGAUGACGUAUUGAUAUGUCCCUAGCUGGCUUUGACGAGCAUGUCAGAUGCUCUUAGUGCACUCUGCUAUUCUGCAUGCUCCAUGUGAGGCACCAGGGACGCGCUGAUCAUUUCGCGUGCGGUCUGCCGUCGCCAGACGCCGAGAAAUCGUUGACUGAGAAUGAGCGUGUCGCGCGUUAUGUUGUGUUUACGUCAGGGUAGUUGGGGUCCUGCCCGGGCGGUGUACCAAAUGGCAUGCACAAAUUAUGUUGUGAUGUUUGUACCAUCCAGUAGCGCGUGUCAGAGGACGUUUGUUAACUACAUUGAGGAGAUUGACCAAUUUUUAGUUUUGUUAAACAGUAAAUUAUUUUUGUUCCGCGUAGUGAUGCACUAUAGGCUUUUAACGUUUCCUGCGUGGUGUGUUGUGGCAUUGACGUUUUUUGUUCUCUUUGGCAAGGUCAAUUUUGGUUUUACAUGCUGCUCACACAGCCUAGGGUCAUAUGUUUAAACCAACUGUGUCGGCUGUGAUAUUUUUCGUACGUGCUAAUUUAGUGUAUAUUUAACGGCUGGAUUGCACUACCUUGUAAGCCAACGACAGAGGAUUGCGUUGAGGACACUGGUGGUGGCCUAGUUAAGUCUGUGCUGACGUAACCGAUGUACAAAAGGCCCAUAGUUCGUCGUUGUCACGUCAUUCUCAUCAAGCUCGUGCUGUAUAUCACUUGCACCGCCGUCGGAAACCGACCGCUUGGCUGCCAGACACGCUCUGCUGCCGCCCCCCCCCCCCCCCCUCCCUCACAGGGUGUGUGUAGGCCGGACAAAUCGCAUCUGGUGGUUGGUGCAGUGGCGUUUGAUGUGUGGCGAGCAAUACAAUGUGGCUACAUUGA